AUGAAAGCGUGCCAGGUAAGUUGGCCUAACUGUACUUAACAUUAAAAGUUUUUUUCUGCAUUUUCAGCUUUGUUAUGGUUUAUACAGUACUUUACGUAUUAGGUGCCGACAUAAAGAACCCGCCAUACUUUUCCCGUAGUUUCCUGUAAAAAAUGGCGGUUUCUUUAUGUUGGCACCUAAUAUAUGAACGCCCUACAGGCCCGGGACGUCGCCACUAUUAUAUUUUUUUCAAAAAAGGGGGGGGGUGUAUAAAAGCCGACAUUUUUAUUUUUUUCUUAAAAAUUAAAUUUUAAGCUAAGCUAAGCUAGCCCUUUCAGCAAUGUAUCCGAACCUUGGAUGUCCCGCCGGAAAAACUGGUACCCUUUUAUCGUUACAAUCGAUCAGCCUCAAACGUUUGUAACCUGGAAUUGUUCAUUAUGACUGGUGUUUCUCCGCAAGAUAAAAAAGAGUUUUUCGUGGAAAAUGUAAGUUAUUAUGAGCAUAGUAAAGGAAGCAUUAACUAUAUCAAGCAAAUUGCAAAAACUUUGUUUACAAAACAAGAAAUGGCAAGAACUUUCUUUACAAAGCUUAGAAAAUGGCAAGUACUUUCUUUACAAAACAUAAAAUGGCAAGAAAUUUUUUUACAGAAUGAAAAACAGCAAGAAAUUUCCUUACAAAGCAGAGAUAUGGCAAGAACUUACUUUACAAAAAAAUGGCAAGAACUUUCUUUACAAAACAUAAAAUGGCAAGAAAUUUUUUUACAGAAUGAAAAACAGCAAGAAAUUUCCUUACAAAGCAGAGAUAUGGCAAGAACUUACUUUACAAAAAAAUGGCAAGAACUUUCUUUACAAAGCGGAGAAAUGACAAAAACUUUUUUUUACAAACUGAAAAAAAAACAAAAACUAUCGAAAUCCUACCCCGCCCUUCACUAAACUCUACAUAAUCCGAUAAAAUUUACUUUUGUAGGCAACCGAGUAUGCGAUGAUAGGAUACCCAAAGGAACAUAUCGAGAGGCAAUCGAUGAGAACAGUUGGUUUAUACACAUACAACGGAGAUACAGUAUACCACCACGUCAACUUGAUACUACUGGGUUUGGAAGACAUGCCCACGGAAUACAGUAAGUUGUGAUUUUUAUACAGUAUAUUGUAGUACAGUACUAACUACAGUACUAACCAUUGUUGUCUAGUAUAGUACAGUACUGACCAUGGAUAGUAUUAGGUUGUUCAAAAACUUCUGUGCCCCCUAACCCCGAAAAUUUGCAUUGAGGUGAGGCGCAGAAUUAUUUGAACCACCUAAUAUAUUGUAGUACAGUACUAACCUUAAACUUUCUUAAUCUAUCUUAUCUUUACAGUAUGGCGCCACACCAAUAUAGACCCUAAAUUAGGGUUUUACACCGUAGUAAAUGCGGAUGGCAAUUUCCACAUGAUAAUAUGUGAUGUGUUGAAGAUGUACCAACAAUUCGGUGACGCAGUCGAAUGUAACUACUACAACUUGAAUUUGAGGCAGUUUUCGUUCGUCAAAAAGGAAGAGAUCACUGCCAUACCCUCGCUUUUUAAAGUAAGUGUAAUAUUGUAAUAGGCAAGGCGUCUAGAAUCUCUUUUAGGCGGGGUAAGAAAAAAACAGGGGGAGGGGGGAGUAAGGGUAAAAAAGUUUGCAAAAAAGGUAAACGCAUAAGGGGGGGGAGAUUUUUUUACUUUCCCCCCUCCCUCCCAACUCCCUCUCACCCGCCCAAAAAAAUCUUUUACAGCGAAGCCUUAGCCAUACCUAAUCCGUAAUAAACCAACUUAUUUCAGCCCUCACUCGACAGACGAGAUGUCAUAUUCCUCGAAUAUAAUGGAUUAAACACUUAUCAAUGGAACUACUUGGAAGAAAAACUAUAUCAAGAACCUGAUCGGACACUCGAGGCUGCCGAGGAAGUAAUGUAUGACAAAGAAACCUAUCAAAUGGUCGAAGAGGAUUUUUUUUUUAGAUUCAAUCUGUAAGUUUUUAUUUUGCUUGAUAUAUAAAUCAAGGCUUACGAUAGUAAUUACAGUCAAAAACUCUUUAGUAUGACCAGUGUUUUGCCGGACCGGUCCGGAUGAGAAUUUUUUCGGUCCGGAAAAAUUUUUUUUUAUUUUUAAAAAGAGCCAGGAGCGCUAAAACUGCUUUCUUUACGUUUAAAAACUCUUAAAAAUAUGUUUUAUUUGCAAUUUUUAAAACAGUUUUAUUAAAAUAAAAAAAAAAUUUUUUUCCGGACCGGUCCGGCUCUAUUUUCUUUUGGUCCGGUCCGGACCGGACGGGUCCGGCAAAACACUGAGUAUGACACUCAAGGGACUGGACCAGACUCUGGUGACCAGAGGGUGGCACAGUAAUCUCAAAAUUUUUCAAAAAUUCAAAAAAGAUUUUGAGGUCCCGAAAGAUUAAUAACAAAGGUACUAACAAGUUCCUCUUUCAAAAAAAAAUUUUUUUAGGGUAUGGGUUCAAAAAAAAGGGUGUAGAUCAAAAAAAAAUUUUUCAGUCCCCAGCCCUGUCUGAGCUAUUCCUCAUUAAAACAUGAUUGAUAAACCCUAUUUUAGUACCAAAUGCAACCCACCCCUAUUUUCACCCUACCGAGAAUGUAAAGCACAAAUCGCUUAUGACAAGCCCUCUAAUCAAAUGAUUCAGGCAGCGGUAAGUCUAAUUUAAAAAAAAAUUUUUGCGAACUUCCAUUAGACAUGAGGAACGGGCCGGGCUCAAUUUUUUAGGCCUAGCCCGAUCAAAAUUUUGCUGAUGCCCGGUCCGCCCAUUUCUCAUGUCUAACUUCCAUAAAUUUUAAGCUUUUUUUCAAUUUCAAAUGCCUAAUUUUUAAAAAAUUAUGGUUCACGCACUACUCUUCUUCAUAAUUUAUAUUGUUAUAGAAAUUGCUAACGGUAUGCGACUACAUUGGAGGCUGUAAGGGUGUUUGCAAGAAUGUUAACGUUCACCAAUUUGAGUAAGUUUUCAUUCAAAAAGGGCUUAUCUCACCAUUUACAGUGACAAGUAGAUGAUUUUUACAUUGGGAGAGGGGAGGGGGAGAAGGGGGAUGGUAAUUUUUUUUGAAAAAAGUGGAGCUUGAUCCCCUUUAUUGAUUUACAGAUAAAAAUUAAUUUUUAAGUCUCUCUCCCCCCUCCCCUCCCCACUAUAUACCAAACGGAUCAUCACACCCCUCCUCUCCCCCUUCCCUUUUUCCCUGCAGAUCAGCAGCUUUCGCCCAUUACGGAUCAUAUCCAACCCAUUACAAUCAAAAAUGCCACAAAGAGCCAAGUAAUACCUAAAAAUCAAAGAAUAUGACUUUCAGGUCAGUGAAACGCCAAAAGAACUUGGUGUUCGUGCUCUCAACAAUAAUGUCGGGUGGCGCCUUUCUGGUUCUCGGCAUCUACAUUUUCAUCUUAUCGGGCCUGGUCCACUUGUUCGUGUCCCACAUUGCCACUCAACGCAAAUUCGCAAAGAAACGUAUGAACGAUCUGAAGAAGGUGAAGCUCAUGGAAUCAAAAUCUCGUCUAGAGCAGGCCAAACGCAAAGAAGCUGCCUACAUGGAACAGCAAGGCCGUGUCUUUAAGCCUCCAUCUCCAGCACAAAAACCUAUCAGUCCUAAGAAUCCAUUUCCAGCACAAAAACCCAAAUCUCCUAGCCAAAAAGCGCCCAAUACGCCGACAAUAUGA